GUAAAAUUCCCCACAUAACACAUUAACACAUAUCUUAUCCUUUUCAACUACAAACAAUCGUUGCUUUAUAUUGUCCAGUUUAAGUUAUAGCUAUACAUGACUUAUAGUCUUUUUUGGCCAAAGGAAACUGGCUUGACAGUAGCUAUUGUUUUGCCAAAAUUCUAUCGGCCUAUACUGCAGGGGAGACCUAUAAGGAAGUUUGUCUACGACUACAGUUUUUGUUGCCUAUAACAGCAUUAAGAUUGUGUUACCGUUGGCCUAUUGACCCGCCUUCUUCCGAAAUGAAGUUAAUUAUAAAACGAAAAAAAUCUUCCUGUUACCGAUAAUUUCCUCUGGUAGGAUAAUUUAAACUGUUGCUAGAACAUUAUAGUUUUACAAUGUGCUCGAAAAAAUAUAUACCCUACUUGUUUCAACUUGCAAACUUUUAAUUAUACAAACUUUUGCCUGAGAAAAUUAAGUUUGCUUAGUCGAAAUGAGCCGUUUUCAAAAAUAGGUAUCCUUUAGAGCCCCUUAUUUGUUUCACAGAGACCAAUAUCGAUUUGUUAAGAGGCCACUUCACGUCCUAAUAGGUAAUAUUUAAAAUUCAAAUUGCGCUACCUUUUACAUCAUUGCAUAGAGACUGCGUUGUAAACAAGUCGAAUUUUGCACGCAUGGAAAUACCGCAUUGUCUUGACGAUUCUGGCAAAAGCUGGCGUUUUUUAAACGGUCGGUUUUAGCACCGUGAUUUGGCUUUAUACGAAGAAGAUAACACCAGGAUUUCAAAAAGGCUAUUAAGUCACUUGGAAUAUCGUGUAGCCUUGUGCAAAUUUUGGAAAACGAAAAGCUUGCCAGUAGCUCAAGGAUUUUGCUCAAAAGUUAAGUUGAUUGGCAAAUAUUGAGAAGCAGUAUGUGGUAUUAAACAACAUCACUGCGCCGAACUAGGCUUUAAUAAUAGAAUUUUGAUACAUUUUAAAAAGGACAAAACGUUCCAUCGAAUAAUAAAUUGAACAUUUUAAAAGAACAAAGAAUUAAUAGCGGAAGCAUUGAAAUUUGUAUAAGCGUACAAUAUAUCGAGAACCCAGCUACGUUUUGGGACAAAUAUCAAGGAGAAACAAACAAAAAUGGCAGUUGUCAAAGCAGUCGUGUUUCUGGUGUACUCACUGGUGAGUUAUUCUUGUGUUUCUUCGAUGGAAGAGCCCGUAAUUACACGAGAUAUUUACGACUUGUUACAUUACCCGAACUGCGAUGGAAAAAGGGCUGAUAAGUUUGAUUGUGGCGACACUAAUGCUGGGCGAUUUGGUGAUCUCGGGGUAUGCCAGUGUCGAUGUAAAAACGGUUAUCUAGCUUAUCGCGACCCCGCCGUUCAGUUUGACGGACAAAUGUACGAUUUUAAGAAUGGAAGCAGGGAAUGUGUUUGGUUUGGUUUAUACAGAGAAGGUAUGUGUAAAACUAGUUGUCAAUACCAUCGAGAAUUUCUCAUCAAUGUUCCAGAAUUCUAACCAUAUCCACAGUUAUAAUUUACGAGGUUCAAAUUCGUCUCUCUUUCUGCCACGACCGAAUACCGAGUAUGGCAGAAAUGUUUCCGAUAUAGUGGGGUUAAAAUCUGGAAUAGAACUCCUGAACAAGUUUAAGAAACAGCAAAUCUUUAAAUUCUUUCAAUAGAAAUAUUUCCUCUGUUAGUCUGACGAAUUAGCUAUUUGAACAUUGUACCAUUUGUUUUGUAUAAUAUGUAUUCGUAGUUCUUAAUAUUAUUAGUGAUUUUGUAUUUUAUAUAUUUUUGUGACAUCGGUUGAAGUGGCCAGUGUAUAGUCGAAUGAAGUUUUAUCCUUAUCCUUAAAAAGUAGAAGGCAAGUUAUCGAUCAAACGAGUGCGGUUAGCUGUUCUUAAUCCUUUUCCAACACUAUAUCAUGUAUUCUAUUCACGUUUAAACGUAGUUGGGACACUUUUUAAACCUAAUCCAGAGCUUGAAAUCUCCGUAACAAUUCGUGACUUAUACUCUAUAUAAAUGUUUGCUCAAAAUUUUCAUCGACUAAAAACUAUCCGCAUUAAGUUCUAUCAAAUUGAGUAAUAUGCCCAAAAUCGUAAUAUAUACCCAUAUAUACGUACCUUACAUCGGCAUCAUCUUAGACUUAUUAUAUAUCCAUGAACUUGUGGUUAGAGCUGGACAACUGUCUCUCUGUAGCUCAGUUGGUUAGAGCGCUGCACUGGAAUCGCAGGGUUACACUGCAUGGUUCGAUUCCUACCAGAGCUCGAGGGCCUAAAUAUUUGCAUUUUUCGCAUCUGCUGGUUAUAGAUCCAAAUUUUCUACCUUCAGAAAUAUCAGACAAUUUUCUCCAGACGAAUGAUUCAUUUGCAAAGCCCGUUCAUGACUGUAUACAUGUAUUGCGAUAUUGUCACCGAAUCGAUUGCGUCACAAAAUUAUAUCCAUUUUAUCGGAAGCGAAACGUUUUGCAAAGUCACGAACGAAGGCGGGAAUAUCGUUGACGUCUUUUAUCCUAGUUUUAAGCUAAAUCACCCUUUGUUUUAAAAGUGAAAGGACGUCUUUCAAAAUGAAUAAACAAUUAGCAAAUCUCACGAACCGUCCCUGAUUUGAUACAUAUAGCUAAAAUUGCUAACUUUACUCGACAGGCGGCAGCGUUGGUAUUUGAUUCGUGAUUUGUCACACAAGUCAACUAUCGACGCGGUUGUCAAUAGAGACCUUUUAAACUCGUAAUUAAGAUUGACAUUUACAGAGCGCCAACCGCAGACGGCAGUUCUUGCAAUAUAUGCCUGCCAGCUCAAAGUUUUGCGGCCGCCUCUUAUUUUUCGCUACAGUAAUUAGUAAUACUGCCCCUAGGACCGUUGGACGUCUAGGGAGAAUAGUUUAGAACUGAUAGAGCUAUCCAGUAUAAAUAAAAUUAGUUUAGUUUGGGUUUCCUCCUGUGGUAACACUGGGUCAAUAAGAGAUGAUUCUUACUGGAUCUCUAGGGGAACAGUUUAGAACUGAUAGAGCUAUCCAGUAUAAAUAAAGUUAGUUUAGUUUAGGUUUCCUCCUGUAGUAACACUGGAUCAAUAAGAGAUGAUCCUUUCUGAACCUCUAGGGAGAACAGUUUGGAACUGAUAGAACUAUCCAGUAUUAAUAAAGUUAGUUUAGCUUAUGUUUCCUCCUGUAGUAACACUGGGUCAAUAAGAGAUGAUUCUUACUGGACCUCUAGGGAAGAACAGUUUAGAACUGAUAGAGCUAUCCAGUAUAAAUAAAGUUAGUUUAGGUAAGUUUAGGUUAGGUUUCCUCCUGUAGUAACACUGGAUCAAUAAGAGAUGAUUCUUACUGGACCUCUAGGAAGAACAGUUUAGAACUGAUAGAACUAUCCAGUAUAAAUAAAGUUAGUUUAGUUUAGAUUUCCUCCUGUAGUAACAUUGGAUCAAUAAGAGAUGGUCCUUAUUUGACCUCUAGGAAGAACAGUUUAGAACUGAUAGAACUAUCCAGUAUAAAUAGAGUUAGUUUAGUUUAGAUUUCCUCCUGUAGUAACACUGGAUCAAUAAGAGAUGGUCCUUAUUGGACCACUAGGGAGAACAGUUUAGAAAUGAUUGAGCUAUCCAGUAUAAAUAAAUUUAAUUGUUCUUCUGUUAUCUUCAGGUUGCCAUUAUCUUCAUGUGGACGAGACACUAAUGCUUGAUAAAAAUUCUUUUCCUGUUCCAACUAUAUUGGAUCUCACUGCGUCGGGAAGUGUAAAUUUAAAAAAGCAAGAUGAAUUCAAGCACGGACAAACGCUCUGUGUUGACGCCCAUGUUCACAUUCCUGGUAAAAACAUUUGGGAGAAAGUCAACGGUAUUAAUUUCGAGCUAAAACCAUUAGACACGGAAAAAAAGACUAGAUAUAAAUUAUCGGUAAGGCAGCCUCUGUCACUAAUCUGAAUUUUUAGCCACGGUAUGAUAAAGUAUAUCUGUAUGUGCCACAGCCUGCAAUAGAAUACGUCAUUUUCCAGCCAGAUAUAGCUGAGGUAUCACUGAUAUAUCAAACUAAGACACUCCAUUAACUCAAAUGCGUCUCGCUAAUCAAAUGCUGUGACUAUAAAGUAAUGUCGAAAACUGUCACAUAGUCCAAUACAAAUAAAGUUAGUCGAAAAACAGGCUGGCUUUAUUUAUACUGGAUAGCUCUAUAAGUUCCAAACUUUUCUUCUUAGAGGUCCAGUAAGCUAGGUCCUUAUUGAUCCAGUGUUACUACAAGAGGGAACCUAAACUAAACUAACUUUAUUUAUACUGGAUAGCUCUAUCAGUUCUAAACUGUUCUUCCUAGAGUUCCAGUAAGGAUCAUCUCUUAUUGAUCCAGUGUUACUACGGGAGGAAACCCAAACUAAACUAACUUUAUUUAUACUGGAUAGUUCUAUCAGUUCUAAACUGUUCUUCCUAGAGGUCCAGUAAGGAUCAUCUCUUAUUGAUCCAGUGUUACUACAGGAGGAAAUCUAAACUAAACUAAGUUAUUUAUAUUGGAUAGCUCUAUCAGUUUUAAACUGUUCUGUCUAGAGGUCCAGUAUAUAAGAGUCGCCCCUUAUUGAUCCAAUUAAAUAUACGUGACAAUUAUUAUUAUGAUUAUUUUAGUGGUCAAUGUCAAGCAAUGCGGAUAUUUAUGCCUACCAAGGUUUAGUGAUGAAGCUAAAUUUUCGUGAGUGUUUUCAAUCAAUGGUCUUCUGUAUGAUCGCAAAAGUCGCCGGAACAUACGCAGG